UCGGCGCGGGAUGAUGACGUAGCGCCCCCGGCCCGUCUCGGAGAGGAGGAGGACCUGGUGAAUUCUGACGAGGUUAUGAAGAAGCCAUGUCCAGUUCAGAUUGUUCUUGCGCAUGAAGAUGACCAUGACUUUGAACUAGAUGAAAAGGCUUUGGAAGACGUUUUACUACAGGAGCACAUACGGGAUCUCAACAUUGUUGUGGUGUCUGUGGCAGGAGCGUUUCGAAAAGGGAAAUCUUUCCUACUGGAUUUCAUGCUUCGAUAUAUGUACAGCCAGGACUCCCCUUGCUGGAUUGGUGGAAAUGACGAACCAUUGACUGGCUUUACGUGGCGAGGUGGAUGUGAGAGAGAAACAACCGGCAUUCAGGUCUGGAAUGAAGUGUUUGUAAGAGAAAAGCCUGAUGGAACGAAGGUUGCUGUGCUGCUAGUGGAUACCCAAGGUGCUUUUGAUAGCCAGUCAACUAUCAAAGACUGUGCAACGGUGUUUGCUUUGAGCACCAUGACAAGUUCCGUACAGGUAUACAAUUUGUCUCAGAACAUUCAAGAAGAUGAUCUGCAGCAUUUGCAGUUGUUUACAGAGUACGGAAGACUCGCAAUGGAAGAAAUCUACCAAAAGCCGUUUCAGACACUAAUGUUCUUGAUUAGAGAUUGGAGCUACCCUUAUGAACAUUCAUAUGGGCUGGAAGGAGGCAAACAAUUCCUUGAAAAGAGAUUGCAGUUAAAACAGAACCAACAUGAAGAGCUCCAAAACGCAAGGAAGCACAUUCACUCUUGUUUCUCUAACCUUGAGUGUUUCCUGUUGCCACAUCCUGGCCUUAAAGUUGCGACUAAUCCAAAUUUUGAUGGGAGAUUGAAUGAUAUUGAUGAAGACUUUAAAAAAGAGCUGCAAAAUCUGAUUCCAUUACUGCUUGCCCCUGAAAAGUUGGUAGAGAAAAAGAUAAGUGGAUCCAAAGUGACUUGUAGAGGCCUUGUAGAAUACUUUAAGGCUUACAUUAAAAUCUAUCAAGGAGAAGAGCUGCCACAUCCCAAGUCGAUGCUUCAGGCAACAGCUGAAGCCAACAACCUUGCCGCGGUUGCAGGAGCAAGAGACAGCUACAGCAAGGGCAUGGAACAGGUCUGUGGUGGAGAUAAGCCUUAUAUCGCGCCCUCGGACCUGGAGAGAAAACACCUGCAUCUCAAGGAUGUGGCCGUCAAGCUGUUCUGUUCCGUGAAAAAAAUGGGAGGAGAUGAGUUCUGCCGCCGUUAUCAGGACCAGCUCGAAGCGGAGAUUGAAGACACCUAUGCAAAUUUCAUAAAGCACAAUGACGGCAAAAACAUCUUCUAUGCCGCCCGCACCCCGGCCACGCUGUUCGCCGUCAUGCUCGCCAUGUAUAUCUUCGCAGGACUGACUGGCUUCAUUGGCCUGAGCUCAAUAGCUGUCUUGUGUAACGUGGUCAUGGGGUUAGCGCUGAUAUCCUUCUGUCUUUGGAUGUAUAUUAAGUACUCUGGGGAGUUCAGAGAAAUCGGAACAAUGAUCGAUCAAAUUGCCGAAGCACUAUGGGAACAGGUAUUCAAGCCUCUGGGGGAAAAUAUAAUGGAGGAAAACAUAAGGCAGUCUGUAGCAAACUCUAUCGUAGCAGGCCUGACCGACCAGGUGUCUCAACACGCGAGGUUAAAGUCAGACUGACGCUCCUCUUCGACGCGGCUCUGCCUUCGUGUUCACGCUCGCUGUAUACCAGAGAACUUCAAUAAAAUAAACCAAAGUUUACAAUCAACUGUAGAAGUAGUUUAAGCGCAACUGGCUUCACUGAGGGCUGCUGCCCGGCGUGAACGUAGCUUGUCGGGUUUUGAGCGAUCUCUUCUGCAUGUGCUUCUCGGUGCCCCGGAGACUGUUGGCAGGGGGGUCUUGAGUGGAGCCCCAGGUCAUCUGUGCACGUCUCGUGCCGUGUCCUGUCCUCCCAUUUUUGGUUGGUUUGUUUCUUUUUUUAAUCGGCAUUCUCUGGCCUACCCUAGAAAUUUGUCCCCGGUGAAGGGAUAUCCCAGGGAAAUCAUUUUUCGAGAAAUCGACUCGAGAGAAUCUUUUAACUGAAUGUAAACCCAAUGUCCCGUGUCAGUUUAUUAUUAUUAUUUUUUUUAAUUUCUGGCGUAUCGAUGAAUCACUGUAUCUAGAAUCAAAUCGAGGCAGCAGCCUUUACGAGCCACUUCAUCACCAGUUACGAGUAUAUAUCGCUUUCUUGCCUCGGACACCAGUGUUACACGAAUGCAUGUAUCAGAUCCUUACAGAAAUGACAUUAGACUUUAUUGUAGCUAGGGAAGUGAUUCUAAAGUGUGCAUUUGUCUUGCCUUUUUAAAUUCACCAACCUGCCCUAAAAGGAGGUGCAUAUCUGGGAACCUGAACUGUCUUUUCUGCAGUUUAGCCUUCAUGUACAUAAAAAAAAAAAAAAUGCCAUUAAUUUUAUCGGGGGAGAAAGAUUUCCAUCCAGAGAUGUUGCCUACAGCUAUGAGUUAGGAUCGUCUGUACAGUGUGUAGCGUUUAUUUUCUACAAUCACAGAUAGGGCAUGUAUAUGAAAUAUAAAUAUAUAAAUACAAUUUUGUAUCAAAAGUUUUGUAGUCUAUGGCAAAAUCUGGUUCUGUGGUAGAGUAAGUACCGUCCCUGUAAAGGAACGUCUGUGGCUCCUCUAAGUGUGUGAAUGCAUUAAACGAUUUGAAGUUUUUGAUAUAUUUGUGAUAUCUACCUGCCUUGAGCCCUGCAAUCUCCCCCCUCCUCCCCCCCCACCCACCUUGGGAAAUCAGCGGGAAUGUCUGUCGUGAAACUUUGCCCUCUGUUGGCAUUUUUAAAGUUCUUUCCUGUAAUUUAUUUUCGGUUCCUUAUUAAAAUGGGUUGUUGUACAUCUACGAAACCAAGCUCGUGAGUCUUUUUCAAGGAACUCAUCAAGUAUGUAUUCCCCUACAUAAACGGUGUUUCUCCUGGAAGGACUGUGGACAGGAAUCACCUCUCUGAGGGGCAGCAUAGAGGUGCUGUACUCUGGAAAGAAGCCGAGUCAGUAAAAGAAUAGCCCAACUAUUCUUCCGUGGGUGUCCGUCUAUUCCCAUAACUCUGUCUCGAUGGUUUAACUGUCUUGGGAGUUGUGUUUUCCUGUCUGGGGUUUCUGGUGGUAUACCCUAAGGCUAGCGUUCUGUGAUGAUUCUUGUGAGCACCCUGCUUGGUGUUUAAAAGUGAAGAGAAUAUGGGGAUUGUGGCGUAUGUGACGUUUCCAAACCUGCGUUGAUCUGUAUGCCCUCCCCUCCACCCCCCUCACCAAAUUUUGUUUGGUUAUGGAUUGUAUUAAUUAAUUCCUAUAUAUUAAAUUAAUAGCAGCCGACUCCCCUCAUUCCAGAAACAGGCUUUACCGUGAUGAUUUUUUUUUCUUUUAUCACUUUGUCGGUGAUAUGGAUUGUUCAUGAAUGAUGGAGAAAAAUAAAAAAUUUGCUGUAUAAUAGCAAAGCGUUCAAAAUGAA